GAAGAAGAGAUCUCACAUAUUACAAUCACGACAGGAAUUCCACGUGGCAACGGUCAAGUCGAAAGAAUGAACCAGAUUAUAAUUUCAACUUUAGCUAAAAUGUGUAUAGAAGAACCCACACACUGGUACAAAUAUGUCAGCCAAUUACAGAGAGUAAUUAAUAGUACUUACCAGCGAUCUAUCAACACUUCACCAUUCGAACUACUUACUGGAACUCAGUUGAGAUUAAAAGAAGAUCUGAAAAUAUUAGAAUAUCUAGAGGAAGAGCAUCGGAAGGAGUUUAUAGAGAAAAGAGACAGUUUACGAAAAGAGGCAAAGGUACAGAUUCUGAAAAUUCAAGAAGAAAACAGAAAGACAUUCAAUAAAAAGAGAAAAGAAGGGCAGAAAUAUAGCGAAGGUGAUAUAGUGGCAAUACAAAGAACACAGUUUGGAAAUGCUUUGAAGCUAAGACAGAAAUUUUUUGGACCUUAUAAAGUGGUAAAACUACUUGGAAAAGACCGCUACGAGGUGGAAAAAAUAGACAGAGGUAAGGAAGGGCCCAUAAAAACUACAACUGGUGUGGACUACAUGAAGAGGUGGCCUUGACUUCGCUUUACCUGUGUCUGACUAUUUUGUUUUUAGUUUAUUCACUUUGAAAUAAUUAUUUUAGACACCCCUCCUGGUGUAGUAAAUUGCAU